CUGUGAAGACUUGACCAUUGUAAAGAGAAAUGUAGACGCCUCAGCACUACUCACUGAUUAUUUAAUUGCUCCUGCAGUUAAGCACAAUAUCUUGAAUAUAGAUAAGUGAGAGGUGUAAACGUAAUCUAGAAGUGUUGGAAGGCAGGGUUUGGUAGGGGCAGAUAUGCUGAUAUGCCUUCGGUAGCACAGACUGAGUAUGGCAUCAAAGAUGUCUGGAACAGCAAUCUGGAAGAGGAGUUUAAAAAGAUCCGCCAUGUUAUUCAGCGAUACAGAUUUGUUGCUAUGGAUACAGAAUUUCCGGGAGUUGUAGCGAGGCCUAUAGGAGAGUUCCGAAGCACUUCAGACUAUCAGUAUCAACUUCUAAGAUGUAAUGUAGACUUACUAAAAAUCAUCCAGGUGGGCCUUACAUUUAUGGAUGAAAAUGGACAGACCCCAUCCCCCAUAUCUACGUGGCAGUUCAAUUUUAGAUAUAAUUUAACAGAAGAAAUGUAUGCUCAGGAGUCAAUAGACUUGCUACAACAUUCAGGCAUUCAGUUCAAGAAGCAUGAAGAAGAGGGGAUAGAUGUGAAUGAUUUUGCGGAAUUAUUAAUGACAUCAGGAAUAGUGCUAAGCGACCAAGUCAAAUGGCUCUCAUUUCACAGUGGUUAUGACUUUGGUUACCUCCUAAAGAUUUUAACAAAUACGCAGUUACCAGCGGAGGAGGCCGAUUUCUUUGAAUAUCUUAGGAUUUACUUUCCCAACAUCUACGAUGUCAAAUAUCUAAUGAAGAGUUGUAAAAAUUUAAAAGGAGGUUUGCAGGAAGUAGCAGAACAAUUAGAGAUCACAAGGAUCGGCCCUCAACAUCAAGCAGGAAGUGAUAGCUUACUGACAGGAGCUGCUUUCUUCAAAAUGAGAGAGAUGUUCUUUGAGGAUAAUAUUGACGAUGCCAAAUAUUGUGGACACCUUUAUGGACUUGGUACUUCUUAUGUUCAGAAUGGCUCAGGAUAUGAAAGUUUGACAAGUUAUCAAAACCACAAUUCAACACCCACUGUGGAAGAUUCCAACUCUGUGUCAGCAAGUUCAUAGAGCAAUUAGAACAUAAUUCUGCACAUUGCAGUCAGCACCCAGGAAAAGAAAAUGGCAGCAUUUUCAUGUGGAUCAAAACACUUUGUGGCAGCUAGAAGGAGGAAAGAUUCAAUAUUUUAGUCCUUGAUUUUCCAGUCUUCUCUUUGAUCAGCUACAGUAUUUCUGUGAGAGAGUCAGGGCUCAGUGAAUUGUUUUAAUUAAUAUAGAGAUUUACUUCUAUGGUUUUUGAAUCUCUGUACAUGCAGUGCAAGGUGAAAUGAUCAACUGUGUAUUUUUUUUAUUUGGUAACUUAUAAGACAACUGUUUGCCUUUAAGCAUUUUAUAGUAUUUAUGGUUUUCCAUUUCAACAUGAAGCAUUACAAGAGUAUUUAAUUAAAAUGUGUCAGUGUAAAUGGUUGGCAACCCUUCAAAAAAUUUACAGAAAAGAUUAAAACAACUAAUAGUAAAACUAUUUCCUCAAGGCUUAAAACAUUUUAAAGAAUCUCCUUCAAUUUAAGAUUGACUUUCCUAUGCCUUUUCUAGUAAUCCUGGCAAGUGGUGCCAUUUUCUUUGCUUUGGUAGAGGGCUGCGGAUUUUGCCAAUUUUUAAUAAGGUGUUAUCUCCAUUUUUGAUAUUCUUUGUGAACAAGGGAAACAAAAACCGUGUUAGCAAUUUUGUAUAUAAAUCCAUUUUCAUAAUUUUACAAAGAGUACUCAAAACUUGAGAGAAAACCUAAUACACUGAUGUCUGUAUGUCUGUCUGUAUAAAGGCAUGGGGUUCAUUGUCAGAAAUCUGCUGUAUACAUGUUCAAAUGGGGCCACAAAUACAUGUAUUCUUUACUUUAUUCUUCUUAUUGCAUUCUUACAGAAACAUCUCCAGGAAUUUUCUAUAUUUUAAAUUAGCUUGUACCCUUCUCUUGCAUUGCAGCACUGUAUGUAAUGAAAUUGAUUGAAAUUACCAUGAAAACAUUCAAUUUAAGUGUGAUAAUGAAAUUUUUCUUUGGAAAAUUUAUGAUCUAAAAUUCCAUUUGAUAGUCAAUGUUUUGACAUAUAAAGUGAAUGUGAUAUUACAUGACUUUGCUUUUAAUUAUCUUUGUUAGUAUCUUUUUAACAGUCAAAGCUGUGAUCAGUCAUUGUGCAAUUUUCAUAUACAGUGUUAAUUCUGAUGUUAUUCUGUAUUUUUUAUUGAAAGAUGGACACAAACAUUGCAGUGAGAUUUAAAGUUAAAAGAGGUCAGAUUGGCAUUUUUUUGUUCUCCUCUGCUCUUUUUCAAUGACGAAUUGAUCUUUUUUUCACUGACAAAAUUGAUGUAAGCAAAUGUUUUUUUUGUCCAUGACAAUUAUAAGACAGGCUGGAGAUUUAAAUUGUAUGAUGUUUGGAACAUUCAUUCUCAACUGGAAUUUUAGAAAAGCAGUCUGUCAUAAUUUAAAUGUGGUAGUUAAAAUAAUUUCAAAAGCAAAAUACUAGUAACAUUUUACAUAUUUCAAGGAAAAACUUAACAAUUCUUUUAAUGCAUACAUAACCCUAUCUUUUUUCUGUACUUUUUUUGUUGUUUUUAAUUUUAUAAGACAUCAGCCAGAAUUGUGUUUGGCAGUUGAAAAGCCAUUAAUGGAUUUAACUGUCAAACCUGGAAAAGAUUUUAAGUGUUUUUUUUAAACAACAGUUUUAAUUAACUGCAUCAAAUGUCAAGGUAAUUUUUCAAUUGCUGGCAUCCAAGAUUCCACGUAUGAAGAAUUAAAUUGUCAGAGAUGAUGUAUAUUGGGAGUAAUGCUUUAGAGACGGUUAUUUUGUUCAGUGUGUUUUUGUGACAUGUAAUUUGAUUUCUAUUGUGUUAUUCUCAACAAUGGAUAUGGUCAGAGUUUUCCUAUUUUAGAAUCCAAAGGGCUUUCAUUACAUAUUUUGUCAUUAAAAUAGACAGCUUUGAUCAUAUCCUUCAUUCAGAAUUAAUUUUUACUAUUUUUUUUCAUAGUCAACGCAUCUAUAGGUCAUUGCAGAAAUUGUUUUUAGUUGAAUUUUUAUUUUAACAUUUUCCCCCCACUAACUGUAUAAUGUUUGUAUUUUGUUAUCAAUGAAACCUGAAAAAUUGAUCUCAAUGUAAUAUGAGUUUAUAGUGUGCUUUUAUUUCAACUCAUUAAAAUCCAUAUAAAUAUUACCAGGUCAACUUCUAAUCUUUGUUUUAAGAUUUUUUUAGAACAUGUCUCUUGCAUUCAUGUUUGUUUUAUUGACACAGAUUACUGUUUUUUGUCCUUAUAUACAAAUUUGUGAUGUUUGAGCAAUUUUCAAUCUCUUGGCUGUAGAGAAUCGAUUUCAUUGAUAAGUACAUGAUUUUUUUCCCCCAUAAUUUGAGACUGUGAUCUAUUUUAAAGUUUCAAAAUGUGUUGAAAGUUUUAAUGGACUGUCAGGAUGCAAUUAUACAUUGAAAUGAUGCUUAGAUUGUUCAAUGCUGAGGACAGUUUUACAUGCAUUAAUUAUUUGCUGAAAGUGCUAUUUUAAUUGUCAAUGUAUAAUUCACCCCCAAAACUCUGACAUCCAAAAUUAGAACUGUUGUUUAUUUUAGGUAGCUUUAAAUUGGAAUGGCUCCCCCUCCAACCCAGCCACUUCAUAUUUGUUUGGUGUCAGAUUUUUUUUUUAUCAUGAUGCAUUAUUUGCAAAAUUUUAUCAAUUCACUUGUGUAUUUUUCUUGUAGUGUUUUCAUACUGUCUCUAUCUUUUGAUUUUUAAUUUGAAUCAAAUAUGUGUGUGUAUACUUUUACACCAAAAUUCUGUUAAAAUGAUAAUUUUUUUACAGUUAAUUCUAAAAAAAAUUACAUACAUUUUCAAAGGUAUUUACUUUGGAAAUAAAUAUGAAGAGAAGUUGAAAGAAUGUGAUUUAUGAAGUAUAGAUACAUACAAUAGGUUAGAUGCAUGUUUUCAGAAGAGACCAUUGUAAAAAUAUUGCUGGCAAAUAUUUUACAAAAUGAAAUGUUGGAGGAUUUAUUUCACAUAUAACUGCAAGUGUAUUAUUUAAGAUGACUGACUUGAAACAAUCUUUUGAACUACUGAAAGUCAAGUUGUCAGUUUCUCUCUGCAAGAAGUUUUGUCCAUUACAAUCCCAAUGUAUGUUUAAAUUUGCUGUAUUUAGUAAUGUUUUUCUCAAAACUUGAAUUUACUUCUCCUUGAUUAAUUUUCUGUUUGUAUUGACUAUUAGUUUGUCAUGUCCUUUGUUGCCAUUGGAGGGGGAGGGGUGUGACGUAUGUUGGGCUGAUGUCUUGCUGUACAUUUUGUGUGGCCCCUUUAUUAUUUUACUGUCGUCUAGAUGUAAUGGAACUGGUUGUCUUUUUAUGAAUUGUAAAUAAAUAUGUCAUGGGGAUGACCAGUCCAAUGAUAGCAUAAAACAA